AGAUUAAUAAAAACACUAUCAACCAAUAUUCGUUCGUCUUGAGCAAGUGUAAAUUUCGUAAUAGACAUCAUAAUAGAAACAGAAUAUCGUUAAGCUGAUUAAUACUAUUGAAGGAAUUAAAUUAUCUCUAUUUUUUUUUUUGUUCACUUUAUCAGUCCGACUCGUGGCGUACUGGCCCCUCAGUAUAUAAAUAAGUGGAUCACGGGUAUCGGUGCCAGUCUUUUAGAAUCUCACGACUAAUCCUCUAGUCAUUUUAAAAUUUAUUUUAACAAAAAUGGAUUUAGUGUUUCGUACCCGAACUCCUGGAGCCGCUGCCGAAGGUGUACGCGAUCAGUAUGCCGAUGGAAAAGCUGCAGAAGUAUGGAAGACUUUGAUCGGAGACAAAAAACAACGUACUCAGGUUUAUAAAAACUUUUUAGUGGGUUUGUUACGUGAAAAGGGCUGCAAAAGAAUCCUUGAUGUAGCCUGCGGUACUGGUAUCGACUCAAUAAUGCUAAUUGAAGAAGGUUUUGAAGUCGUUAGUGUCGACGCGUCCGACAAAAUGCUCAAGCAUGCCCUCAAGGACCGAUGGGACCGUAGGAAAGAACCUGGUUUCGAUAAUUGGAUUAUCGAAGAAGCAAACUGGCUAACUCUAACGAAAGACAUCAAGCAGCUAAUUGGCAGCGGUUUUGACGCUGUAAUCUGCUUAGGAAACAGUUUCGCUCAUAUCCAUGACGCUUACGGCGACCAGAGAGAACAGAAACAAAUAUUAAAAAACUUCGAGAUGUGCUUAAAGCCAGGAGGCUUUCUUCUUAUCGAUCACAGGAAUUAUGAUUAUAUUUUGGACGGCGGGGUCGCACCGGCGAGAUGCAUUUAUUAUAAUAGUCCGCAUACCAAAGAUAUAAGAACCUCCGUUUAUUGGGUUUCUGGUGAGCCACAAAUGGUCAUCCUGGAUUACUUCUUGUCCUUGGAUGAAAAUAACGAUGAUCCAGAGAAUCGAAAUGAAUUUCGCUUAUCUUACUAUCCCCAUCGGCUUAAUGUCUUUCGGGACAUGUUAAGAGAAAUAUUUUCCCAAAAGGACCAUAAAAUUUUUGGUGACUUCAAACCUCUUAAUGAGGUCAAAGUACCAGCAUUUUUUAUUCAUAUCAUUGAAAAAAAGUAAUCUUAUUUCAUGUUAUAAGACUGGAAUUUUUGUAAAGAUCUUAAAUAAAUAAAAAUAAUUAUAAUAAUAAA